CAACCGUUUAGCAAGGAAUCUAUCGAAGAAAGCAUCCGCGAGGCGGCACCACCACCGGAGGACCUUCUUCUGCUGAAAUCCUACUCAGGAAAACGACCUAUCGAAUCAAGUAAUAAUGGGGGAAGAGCAAGAUCCACAGAGGUUGAAGAAGAUAGCGGCCGCCGCUUACGACUAUGAUAACGAUUCAAGAUGGGCUGAUUACUGGUCCAAUGUUCUCAUCCCUCCUCACAUGGCUUCUCGCUCCGAUGUUAUCACCCACUUCAAACACAAAUUCUAUCAGCGUUACAUCGACCCUGAUCUUGUUGUGGAACCGAUGACUACAAAUAGCACCUCACAGUCUGCAAGAUCGUCCACAUCAUCAUCAUCAUCUGGAAGUGAACAUAGGCCACCUCGCAACUCAGGGUCCACUACAAGAGCUGCAGGGGCAUCAACUCCGAGUUCCACUCCUUUGCGCUGGGAUCGACAAACAAUUCAAUUUUCAGUCAAUGCUUGGGUCUUUGUUGUGGCUGUGCUUGCUAUGUUUCCGCUCAUUCCUAAUAACCUUUCUAAUAGAGCUUAUCGGCUGUCGUUUAUGGGCACUGCAUGCUCCUCUUUGUAUUCUCUCUACUCUCUUUAUGGGAAACCAAGGGCAUGGAAUUUGCAGGAAGUGCAAGUGUGGCUUCAGUCAGUAAUUGCAACAAAAGAUUUUAUCUAUUUCAUUUAUUGCCUCACUUUCGUCACUUCAAAUCUUCGCCUUACAUUUGCUUUGCUGCCCAUUGUAUACCGAUCCUUGGAACAUUCUGCAAAAUUCACUAGGCGUAAUUUCAGUCGUUCAUCCUUCUACAGGAAGUACUUGGAUGAGCCUUGUGUUUGGGUGGAAUCAAACGCAACGAUGCUCAGCAUACUAUCUUCACAAGCGGAGAUUGGGAUUGGGUUCCUUUUGAUUAUCUCUCUUUUAUCGUCGCAACGUAACAUUAUACAAACUUUCAUGUAUUGGCAGCUGUUGAAGCUCAUGUAUCAUGCCCCAGUUUCUGCCGGUUACCAUCAAAGCGUGUGGUCUAAAAUUGGGCGGACGGUUACUCCUCUUAUUCAUCGAUAUGCUCCGUUUCUAAACAGUCCCAUCUCUGCCAUACAACGGUGGUGGUUCAGGUAACCAUAGCUUUUACACGGAUGAGAAUAAGGAUCGAUACAGAACAUACUAUUAUGUAAUGUAGCUAAUUAUACGGCACUUGGAUUAUAUGCUCGAUGGUGGGUGUGUUUUUAAUUUUGAGAUUGUACGUUGUGGUGGAUAAAUUAUAUUGUAGUUGAAGAACGGACUUUACGCGAUGAUUUUUGAGAUGUCGAAACUCGAAUAUAUAUCGAGUUGGCAUAAAUGCGAAUUUUUGGUUGGAUUGAUGACAUGA